AAUUCACUUAGGUUUUAUUUGCGCCAAGCUUUUUAAGGUAAAAUCCUUUUAUGCGUUGCAAAGGAAUUGGUUUUCAUUUCCAGGAGGAGCCCUCUGGUAAUUUCAUCGAGUUUCUGAAUGGUGUCAUAUAUUUGUGUUAGUGAAACCUUUGCCUUUUUUUUUAGUGUUGUAAUACUUAGGACCUAUAUUUUAAAGCAUUUAUAUCGGAUUUAAUUUAUAUUCAUACAUCUAUAUUUUUAUUGAAGUUUAUUUUUCUUAUUUAAUACUUUUAUAUUAUUUAUGAAGAAUCAUAUAAAUUUUCGAAACACAACUAUACUUCAUUUAAAGGUAUACUGGACAUUCACAAUGGUUUUUAAUUUUAUUGAGAAAGAUUUCCGUAUUCCCAGCGAUACAAUAGAUCUUUUAAACAAAGAGCUUGAGGAAGCAGAGCGCGAUUCUAAUCCACAAACUCGACUACAUUUAAGAAGCGAGUGCGUUCAAUAUUUAUCAAAUCUUUUUCCAUAUGUGAACUGCAUUGAAGAUCUUGACGCGCUUUCCCAAAAACUUAGACCUGGAAAUGAAUUUGGGUUUUCACAUAUCUUUGAUACAAAAUUAAUAAGUGCAUGUAUAAUCAGAGGAAUUUUCCCAUUGACAUUAAACAUUGGCAACAACACUUUUCUCUUUGCACCACAGUUGCAUGAAGUGAGCUUGAUCUGUGCAACAGUAGAAGAUUACCUGAUGAGAAAUAAUAUUGAAUAUUUUCCACCAUGCAAUGACAAUGAAGGAAUAUUUCAGGUCAAGAAACUAAAUAUUUCGAAAAGGUUCCUCAAACCAACUAACGACGCUUUGUGUACUGUCUCCUUUGACAUUUUUGUGAAUAGAAAAGAAGACAUAGUGGAUGUGUUUGGUUUAAUACAUCGACGACAUGGAGAGAAUUGGGUUUGUAAAGCCUUGCGUAAAUGCAUUUUUUACAUGCAUAGCCACAGAGAAAACUUUGAGCCUCAAAUAAUCACAAUUGCCGUUCGUAGACAUAAGUAUCAGAGUGAUUCGAGACAACUGUCGUCAUCUAGCUCCGAUGAAGUUAAGGAAGGAGAUUUAGUUGCAGCUGAAUUCGGUUACAUUCUUGGUGAUAUUUAUACUUCAGCAACGGGUGCUUACUGUGUUAGUGGUGCAGGUAAGCUGCAACUUGCAGUUACUGGUUGUAUUUUAAAGAAGCUUGGCUGUAAGGUAUGGGAUUUUGGAAUGCCGAUGGUUUACAAAAUCUCUUUAAUAGGGUGUGUAAAAAUUGAAAGAGAGAAUUGGGUUCAAAUGAUAAAACAUCGCAGGCAAAACGUUAUAUUAAAUAAAAAGAAAUCCAAGGAAUUUCUUUUAGAACUUCAAAGGGGUAAAAAUGUGGGUGAUAUUCUGAAGGAUAGCACUAAAUCUCAGUAAAAAAAACAUAGUAAUUUAAUGAUGAGGAUGAUAGCAAGCAAAAUUCAACUAAGCUUAUCCUUACUGCUUAAGUUAUUUUAUUAUUUCAAGGUUACUUCCUAUGAGCAAAUCUGUAAGAAAAAGUUUAAGCAGUGUAUAUUUUAAUAUAUAUACACUACCUUUAUAUAUAUAUAUAUAUAUAUAUAUGCCAUA